UGACUCUCCGUGAAAUGGCGUUGUUAUGUAGACCGAGUUGGUGCCUUCUUCACAGAUGUUGCCAGCGGUCGGCUCUCCUCCUGGUUGCGAGGCAACAGAGGCUCUCCAGUUCAGCAUCUCCCUCUCCUCUCUCCAAGUUCAUCUUGUACCUCACUGAACGUUUCUACGACGUGGAAAUGCUCGUGACCUGGAAGGCUCAGCUGAAAGGAAAUCAAAUCCAGAAGAAGAACAAUUUCUAUGGCUACACCCAAAGUUUAUAUGGUUCUAACAUUGCAUCGGCCUUUUUUGUUCUGAAUCUGGGGGGAGGAGUUCGGUUCACCGGCCACUCAGACUGGUUCCGGGCCAACAAGAGGGGCAAGUUCAGCUGGGAUUUUCUAAAGCACAAAGAGACAUCUCUAGAAGAAAUCGACUUGAGCUACACCAUUGUCAACUAUAGAGGACUGGCUAACCUCGAGAAGCAGCACCAUUUGCAAAUCCUGAAACUACAGGGGUGUUCUGAGGUGGAUGACUGGUUUUUGGCUGGACUCUACAUAUUCCAGGACACUCUGGAGGAGCUGGACAUUUCUCACUGUCCACGCAUCACCGCAGGCGGCCUGGCUGCACUCGGGAACCUCAGGAAACUGAAGCGUCUGAAUGUGUCAUCCCUCCCGAGAAUUUCCACCCCUGGGUUGGUGAUCAUCCUGCUGGAGGACAUGUUGCCACAGUGUCAGAUCAUAGCCGAUAAUUACGACCACAGCCUGAGACAAGAAGACGGGGGGUACACAGAGGAGGAGCUCAAAGACAGAAGAAGGGGGACAGGAACCAGUUCAGAACCAAGAGGAGUCAUCUGAGAAAACUGCUUUCACUUAAUGCAUCACAUUUGAUUUAGUUUGAAAUUUGAGAUUCCAGCUGGUUUGUUUGUAUGACGGGAAUCCAAAAAAAUGAGUGAACACGAGCAUUGAAUAAAUAAAUAAAUCCAGACAACGAAAAAAAGAAUGCAAUAAAGUGGAACAAAUGUGGUCUUCUCAGGAGCUGACAUUUAUUGGUGCAGUAUAUUGUCCUUCUUUGUAUUUCAUGUUUGUUUCUUCAUCCCAGAAUCUGUAGAUAAGAGUACAGCCAUUCAGCUUAUAAAGCUAAAUAUUUAGAAACGUGUUCCAUCUCAGUCAAAUUGUAUUUUGUCCAUUAGGGCAUAUUGUUUGUUGAUUUCAUUGUAAAUUUGCCUAAUAAAAAAGU